GGUGGUAGUAAGUAUGCAGAAGUCUUCACUGCGGAGGGUCGACACAGAGGGUGGUAGAUCGACUAAGUCGGUGGGGUUCAGUACUAGGCGAACUCGUCAUUAUAGGAAGGGAGAUGAGAGUCCAUCGGGGACGUCGAGUGGUGGUGAUGGGAAGAAGAGGAAUGUUCAGGUGGUGGAAGGCAGCAGCCCUAGGUCGGGUGGGAGUAGCAAUAGGGAGCCUGUUGAGCCGUCCUCAUUGAUGGUUUCGGUGGAGGAGGCCUUGUCCCCUAUGGACUCCAACACAUUCACAUCUGAACAUGGAGCGACGGAAGGUAGGGCGGAAAGUAGACCUGUUGGUGUGGGCGAUGCAUCACCAUCUUCUACGGUGGGGGGCACUCCGAAUAAGGCCGGUCUUGGAGGCAACCAUACAACUCCUCUUAAGUGGAUACGUCGAACUAGUCUUACUGGACGAAGUGAUAGUAGUCGGGAUGACUUCUUAGGAACAGUGCCAUUGGAGUUCCCGACUCAGGGCCAAGCUGAGAGUAGACCUGUGAAGGAAAUCGUUAGUAAUAGGGGAAUGCCUGAGCCGUCAGUUGAAGUGGCUUCAAUGGAUGUGGAGGAGAACAUCGCCUCACCAGAUCCUAGGAGAGAUAGUUCAAAGCCGCCCUCAUCGGCGUUGGCGAGGAGACAGAAAACACCCAUGCCGAGUCAGGGCAGUGGGGAUGUCCUAACGCCCUUUGCUGAUUCGGAAGACUCCAGAUUGCUCAGCGAGUUGGGGGAGCUCACAGAUGCUUAUACGACGAGUCAGGCCCCUAGGGAGAUGUUGGAGUUGAAGGAUAAGAAGGGCCAUCAUGGAGGCCCACGUACCCUAGCAUCGUUUCCGGUGCCCUCCCCCACACAGCAGGGGGCUACUCAAAAGCAGGGGGAGCCUGAGGGAGAGUGGAGUGAUGUGGAUAUGCAAAGGUCGUCGUCUCCCGAACCAGCUGAGGCUGUUGGACAUGCUGUCAAUGGUAUCGAGAUGGACACGGAAAUGAACACUCAAGACGACGACCACGACGAGGAGGAGGAGGAUACGUGGCAGAGUCCGGGUGGAGGAGUGAGGCAGUCGGUCGGGUCAUCAACUCAACAGUUAUCACCUGUCCUCAAUGCUGCUGCAGUUGACUUCUCCCCGACUGGAGUGUCCGAAUCGUAUGGCCUAGGAGGAUACGAGACACCAUUGACGCAUCGUCGGGACAGCUUUUCGAAUAUCUGUCCAUCGUCUACCUCCCAAGAUGGUAUGUACAGCGAGAUUGGUACGAGUGUUAAGAGCACUAGGAAGGGGACGGGGAAGAAAUCCAUCGUCUCCCAUACCGAGAUGAAGCGAAUAUUACGCCAUAGCAGUUAUUCGGAAGCUGAUCCAUCGGAGUUUAUGGAGUCUAAUGGGUCCAGGCAAAUGGCUGGUGGGUUUGAGAACAGCGAGUUGGAUGAGACUAGCAAAGAGAAUUACGACUUGGAGCAAGUGUCCACAGGCUACCGCGAAUCAAGAUACAGUUCUAAGAGACGAAUCAGCAGCAAGCCGCCGAUCUGGGCAGCUGGUGAGGAUUCGAACGGCUUGACUGCUCCGACCCAAGAGUGGCAUCUUCCUGUCAUUGAGGACACCAUUGCAGAAGAAGGGGAGGAGGAGAUUACCGUUUCUCCGACUCAGCUGGUUCACAGGGAUGAUGCGGAUGUCCCCGAGCCAUGUGAUGAAGUUGAGGGGGAUGAUCGCGGAGAGGAGCAACCAUCGACAGACCCCUACGCUGUUGUUGAGAGGGCUCAGUCGAUCCUCUGGGAAGUAGUUGCAUCGGCAGCUGAGGGAGGUGGUGUGGACGACGAUCUCCAAGAUGUGGCGGAGUUGCUGGGGAAGACCAUUGAAGAGAUGGAGUCAGAAGGCGGCGGCGGCGGCUCUGGCCUGUUGACGGUGGAGGUCUUAUGUAAGGAUUUGAGGCGACGUGUAGCAGGUGUACGUAGGAAGAUAGGGAUUGCGGACAUGCAGGAGGUCGAGAUUAAGAAGAAGGUGGCGAUGUUGAGUCGCGAGAAGAUAUUGGUUGAUGCUGAAGCCUUGGGUGGUUGGUCUGAGGACGUCGAGGAAAUAUUCAGGGAGAGAUGCAACUCGGCAGUUGUGGAGUCUAAGACUCCGACUAACGCGACCGCGAUGGGGCCCUCAGGGGUGAGGGAGGAUCUGCUACGGUAUUGGCAUGAAAUCUUCGACCGAUUCGCAUUGGAGGGGGAGCUCGCCAUUGGCCAUAAGAAGCGUGAGGAACUGAGAGCUGAGUGCAGGCUCCAGGACGCUAGGGUGUCCUUGGCCGAGCAGGAGACUAGGGCGGCUGGAAUCAUUCAAAGGUACGGUAGAUUAAUUGUGGACGGUCCAACAACAAGAGGUGAGGAUAGCGACUAUUCAGAGCUGUUGGUGAAUGCUGUGGCUGAUGGGAGUAUUGAGAGAAGGUGUGCUCAGCUGGAGGAGAAGGUGGAUAAGGAAAUUAAAAAUUUGGCGAAGUUGAUGGAGUCGCGAGACGUACUGGUGAAACAGAGGGAGGAAUUGGAUGCUAAAGUGACGGCCCAGACUAGGAGCAAUAAUUGGAGGAAAUGCUGGGCGUAUUGGACGGCUGUGCUGAGAGGAUACCGCGAGUUGCUUGCCGAUCAGCUCGGCGCGAGGAAAUUCGAAACGGCAUCUGGCCUGAUUGCAAUCGUCUUCGAAGAGGGCGACCCGGAUGUUCAUGUGCACGGUUCGACCAGUCGUCGUAAUUUGUCGCUUCCGAAUGGUAAAUUCAACUGUGCAUGGGAGGCUAUAGCGAAUCGAGGGAAAGGGCUGUUGGUUGGAGGUGCUACCGCGGAGGAAGUUAUGAAGGAAAUCGUCAGGUUGGGCGACCGGGUUGGCAGACUACAGGAGAGUGCAAGGGCAUUGCAUGCAGAGAAAAGGUUGGGUACGUGUAGUCGGGUGGUGUGUACUGAUAGGGGCAAGUUGGCGUUGUUGUAUCAAGUCCAUGUACCUCGAGGCUUCGGGGCUAGAGAGGAGCCGCAGGGUGCCAGCGUCUAUGUUGGGGUGGUGCUGGGAGGAAAUUACGUGGACUGGGAAGGAGGCCGGUUGGAGGACUAUCGAAUUGACAAUGUCGUGGUACGACAUCCAUUUCCGUUUCCGAUAAGGGCUGACCUGUUCACGGUGGGAAUACGUAUGCAUGUGAUGGACGCUAUGAAUGGACUAAUGGAGGCUCACAAGACUGCGGGUCAGAGGUCUGAUCCAUUGGCCUCGAGUGUGAAGGAGAAGUUGGGGGAGUUGAUUAUCCAUUUGACCAAGAUGUCGAAUCGUCUCUUCCUUUCCAGCCUCAGAGGGGUCCGUCGACUUGCUAAUGCAAAUGAUGAUACACGACAACAGGCUGGGAGAAUGCGGAGUGCUGCUGCUGAUGAGGUAGCUCAGACAGCUGAAGAGGUAGUCAUGGGGGAUGCUGCUACUGGAGGAGGAGACGACGAUAACAAGAACAAGGGGUCUGCUGGUGUGGUGCGUAAAGGGCGGGGUCAUGGUGGUGAAAGAGCUCUCUUAGAAGGGCCUGUCUUCUCCUUAUCGGCCCGACGGAAACGGCGAUCCGCGAGGGCAGAUGAUGACGAUGACGAUGUUGCCAUGGGGGAUAAUAGCGGGUUUGGGAAUCGUAGAGGGUAUACUGGUCCGAUGUCUGCCGGGUCAUGGGUCUUUGUAAGGAACUGUCCAUCCACUGUAACACCACAACAAUUGUAUCAUCUAUUCCAGACUACUGUCAACAGUCCAGUUGUUACUGUAAAGGUCCAUAGAGGUUCUAUACCGACAGCGUUGAUCGGCUUCGUGCGACGUGAUGCUGCUGAGACUGCGGAGAGUGAUCGUCUUGGGAUUGAUGUGGAUCAUCAGUACCCGGAGUUCCUCCUUGUGGAAAGGGUCACCAAUGGUGGGGUGGUGGACAAGUUCAACUUGGGUAAUCCUUCACAGGCGCUCAAACAGGGUGAUCACAUUGUUAGAGUAAAUGACGUUACCGGUGAUUCAUUGAAGAUGAUAGAGUGUUGCCGCAAGGAGAAGCAUCUGGUGUGGCGGGUCGUGCGUGGGAAGUGA